AUGUUAAAACCUCUCAUUAUAAAUAAAGCUUUGCACCCGCGUGUGCUGCAAGGAACAAAUGUAGCCGAACUUCCGGUCCAUUUCAUGGCCAAUAAAAAAGCAUGGGUUACAUCAGCUGUUUUUUCAACGUGGUUCAACGAUUGCUUCGUACCAGAAAUUGAAAAAUAUAUGAUAGAGAUGGCUCUUCCGUUUAAAGUCUUGCUAAUUGUUGACAAUGCACCCGGCCAUCCUCAUUUAGAACAUCGUAAAGCACAAAUAGUGUUUUUACCGCCAAAUACGACUAGCCUCGUACAACCACUGGAUCAGGUUAUAAUCGCAACUUUUAAGAAGUAUUAUGUAAAGUUAACUUUCAGCUACAUUUUGAAAAAAAUCGAAAACGAUGGAAUAAGUCUGACUGAAGCUUGGAAAAAGUUUUCAAUUUUAGACUGCAUAAACCAAGCUACUGCAGUAAUUGCUCAAAUAGAACAUACCUUAAAUUCGUGCUGGAAAGCGAUCUGGCCUGAAUGUGUAAUUAAUAGAAACGUAACCGAAAACACGUCCAUGUUAGUAUCAGAAAUUACUGUGCUAGCACAUCGCAUCAGCGGAGAAGGCUUUGACACUUUCAGCGAAAAAGAUCAUGACGAAACGAUUGAGGACGAAACAAUGAAUGAUAGUCACAUUAUCAAUAAUUUGAUAAAUUAUGACAAGACGGACAAGAAGAACCGGAUUCUAUGA